AUGGGAAAGCAAGUUGAUAAGGUACAUCUUUAUAAAUUAACUUUAAAGUAUUUUUGUUGACAUUUUGUUAACUUGAAGUGUUUCUGUGAGGCUCAUAAUUUACCAAAAUUAUCAUAUGUCAAUUCCCAAAGCGGUUUAAUUAACAAUGCAUAUUUAUAAAACGUGACUUAAAAUGCAUAUUUAUAUACUAUCUGGAGUAAGAUAAUUGAAGCCUCUUACAUUGAAAUGUGCAUAGCACGUGCAUCUUAUCUUUAAAGUUUUUUAAAUAAUCCAGAUGCCAGUUGCCAAUCCCCUAUGAAAAUCAAUUUUCAAACAUUCAAUAUAAUUGUACAUACUUAGGGGUCAUUUUCAAGUAGAGCAGGUGGGUCAAGAGACUGAGUAUUAUUCUGUGACGUUUUCACGAAUUUCACCAUGGCAAUCUUGUCAGAAUUAGUCAUGCCACGCUUGACGUUUUCAAGGAUGUGUGGAUUUAGAUAAAAAACCUUAAUUUAUUGACGUUUUGCAUGACAAUUUGAAUGUACACUUGGCCCCGAAAUAGAACACAGAAUAUACAACUGUCAUAGAUGAUAUUUAUAUUAACAUAUUAAUGGCUUGAUUUAUACAAGAGUCAGAUCAUCGGCCAAGCCACAUCACCCAUCUGACGGAUCACUGAUAUUUUGUCCUAAUGGAUGAUUCCUAACACACAGAUAAAUUAUCCCUCCUUUGUGUAAUAAACUUCUUUUGUAGCAGAUAAUUAUCUUUCGGAGGAGAAUAACAGCCAAUUCAAAUUUUAAAAGCCAGCCAUGUGGUCCAACCACUGUGACAUAAUCCCCCAUAUUCAAAGACAAUAAGCCAGGAUUUUCUUUACGACCACAAGCAUUAAAUUGUGUAAGCUCACCAGCUUAUGCAUUAAUUGACUUGUACAGUACGCAAGUCAAUUUAUUUGUAUUACGUUUUGUAGGAUUUCACAACAGCCUUAGAGCAGGCCAGCCAAACUCAAAGUAAACUAUCACAAAAGGUUAUCCGAGUGUUUUUCAGCUCACCAUUUGGAGGUCUUGAGCUUGAACGAGAAGAACUAACAAAGAAAUACUGGCCACAACUUCAGUCAUUGUGUAGUCGUCAUGGUUACACAUUUGUUCCUGUUGACUUACGCUGGGGUAUUACCUCUGAUCUGUCGGCUAAUGCAUCCACCAUAAUGAUCUGUUUAAGUGAAAUUGAUCGAUCUGAUAUUUUUGUUGGAUUUUUUGGCCAG